AUGGUUUGGGCAGUUAGAGAUAUCGAGCUUAUGGAAGAAGGACCAGCUGGACCAAAGGCACACUCCGGGCAGAGAGUCAGUCCCCAGGAGGCCUCGGUGCCCUUGGCUCAUUCACCUGCAGCCAGACCACAGAAGCUCUCUCACCUCUGUCUCAGCACCACCACCUGUGGACUGUCGGAAGCCAGUCUGUCUUGUCUGCGUCCAGCCCUGGGGAUAGUCCACCACUGUGAGGACUUGGAAAUGUGCUUGUGCUGGGCCUGUGUCAGACUUGCACCUCCAGACCUGUGUGGCCCAAGCAGGCCUGCCUGGUUUCUGCAGAAUGAACCUAGUGACCACUGGACGACUCCUCAGUGUCCAGUGGGGGAGGCUGUGGGCAGGGGCUGCACGUGA